CUUGGCCGGGGCGGCCCGGUUCAUUCAUUCUCGCCCGGAGGACUCCGGGAUUGGUGCCGCAGCCGGACUCCCAGCCCAGAGCUCAGCUAGCCGCCCGUGAGCGUCCACCCUCCACGCUAGGGAUACUUGAGGCGACAACAGCUGGCCUCCCGCAGGUGCAAUGGCGGAGAAGGUGCUGGUCACAGGUGGCGCCGGCUACAUCGGCAGCCACACGGUGCUGGAGCUGCUUGAGGCGGGCUACUCAGCCGUGGUCAUCGACAACUUCCACAAUGCCAUCCGUGGAGGGGGCACCAUGCCCGAGAGCCUGCAGCGGGUGCAGGAGCUGACGGGCCGUUCUGUGGAGUUUGAGGAAAUGGACAUCUUGGACCAAGAGGGCCUCCAGCGUCUCUUCCAGAAGCACAGCUUUGUGGCCGUCAUCCACUUCGCGGGGCUGAAGGCAGUGGGCGAGUCGGUGCAGAAACCUCUGGAUUACUACCGCGUCAACCUGACUGGGACCAUCCAGCUUCUGGAGAUGAUGAGGACCCACGGGGUGAAGAACCUGGUGUUCAGUAGCUCGGCCACCGUGUACGGGACCCCCCAGUACCUGCCCCUGGACGAGGCCCACCCCACCGGGGGCUGCACCAACCCCUAUGGCAAGUCCAAGUUCUUCAUUGAGGAGAUGGUCCAGGACCUCUGCCGGGCAGACACGGCCUGGAAUGCAGUACUGCUGCGGUACUUCAACCCCACGGGGGCCCACGCCUCUGGCUGUAUCGGCGAGGAUCCCCAGGGCAUCCCAAACAACCUCAUGCCUUACGUCUCUCAGGUGGCGAUCGGGCGCCGGGAGGCCCUGAAUGUCUUUGGCAAUGACUAUGACACAGAGGAUGGCACAGGUGUCCGGGACUACAUCCAUGUUGUGGACCUGGCCAAGGGCCACAUUGCAGCCUUGAGGAAGCUGAAGGAGAAGUGUGGUUGCCGGAUCUACAACCUGGGUACAGGUACAGGCUACUCAGUGCUACAGAUGGUCCAUGCCAUGGAGCAGGCCUCAGGGAAGAAGAUCCCCUACAAAGUGGUGGCGAGGCGGGAAGGGGACGUGGCCGCCUGCUAUGCCAACCCGAGCCUGGCGCGAGAGGAGCUGGGCUGGACAGCAGCCUUAGGGCUGGACAGGAUGUGCGAGGAUCUGUGGCGCUGGCAGAAGCAGAACCCUUCAGGCUUCAGCACACAGGCCUGAGGCCCCUCCUGUCGAGGACCAGAGACACAGACAGAAACAGCCUGCUCUCCAGCAUUCCUCCAGUGGAGCCUAGGGGCCCCGGAGCCUCUGGGCAAAGUCAAGGCCUCCCUACCUCAAGCCCCAGCUUGGCCACUUAGCCCAGGCCUGAGGCCAAGAGCUCCACUGCCCAGGAGUCACAGCCAUGAGGGGAUCUCCUGAGCCGCUGCCGUCUAAUCAUCUCUUAAUACUUUAAAUGUCCACAGUGUCCAGAACCCAGUAGGGACCAAGUGAGGGAGGCAGGGACCCUCUGCCCAGGCGCCCAGGUCUACUGCUAUGAAGCACUUCCCCAACAUUUCAAAUAAAAGGCUUUCUUACACUGCG